CUGGGCUAAAAGAUGCAAGGCCAUGAGCCAAGGAAUGUGGGUGGUCUACAGAAGUUGGAAAAGGUAAGGAAACAUUUUCCCUAAAGCCCUUCUGACACCUUAAUUUUAGGCUCAUAAGAUUCAUUUUGAACUUCUGACCAAAGAGAAUAAAUUUGUGUUGUUUUAAAACACCAAAUAUGUGGUAAUUUGUUACAACAGCAAUAAGAAACUAAUACAGAAAGUAUUUGGGAAAUGAAUGGCUGUACCAUGCUACACUUUUUGUCAUUUCUAGUUGCUUUUAUGAGCAAAGCUUUCUGACCUAGCAACAGUUGCUAAGUAAGUUAACAAUUUAAUGCUAGUGUCUGGAGGGAGCAGCAGCUUAAAUCUUCCCAACCUUACAUGCAGAGGCUUUCAGUAGCAUUCUUUCACAUCAGGCGCAUACCCACUACCUAAUCAUGGUGAAUCAUUUCAUCCUUACCAGCCUCUAGCAUUGUCCUAGAAUCUUGGGCCUCUCUAAACAUCUAGCUUUUCUCAACACUACUUUUUAUGCUCCUAAGAGUAUUAUAACUGUACAUAGUAAAAGACAUCUGAAAUUUAAAUAUGAUCCGAAAUUCAGAUUACAACAAUUUUGUUUGCUGCGCUGUUUGUAAUAAAAUAAUUCCACCAGCUCCUUUUGGGGAAGUCUUCAAACGGAUCCAUGAAUACAAGCCAUUUAAGACACGCUUUUACACUCACAAAGAUAUACUGGAUAUCGGGGCAGAUCUUUUGUAUAAAGAAGAACUAUUUCAAGAGGCUGUACUCAGAGAACGUGUUGCACUAGCAGAAGCUGAUUUGUGGGCUCAGGCUGAUGAACGCCAAAAGCAAGCAGUGGAGAAAGCACUUGAAGAAGCAAAUGACAAACAUAACAUCAACAUUCAGAUUCUGGAAGAGGAACAUCAAAAAAAAUUACAGGAUAUAACAUCUCAAACCAAGUUAGAGAUGCAUCAAAACGUAGAAGACGAACUACAGAGAGAAAACUUGGCUGCAGAACAGCGCAUGGUCCAUAGAAUCCAAAGGAUCAUGAUGGAGUGCCACAAGGAGAAGAUCGAGGCUGUGGCGAAAGCCAGGGACGAAGAGAGGCAGCUGGCCCAGGAAGCCAUCCUGGCCCAGAAAAGGAAGGUCAUGGAUGAAUUUAUGAAUGCUGGUAUUACCGUUGUUAAGGAUGAGAGGAAGAGUGUGAGCAAAUUGGUAAAGGAAAAAGAACAUGAAAUGAACAUCUACUAUUGCAUGGCUCAGAGGCAGAAGCAGGAAGAAGUCCAGGAAGUGCUUCAAGAAGCAGAGAAAGCCCAUCAGGCCACACUUGGAAAUGUGAUGAAUAAACUGGUUAACACUCAGGACGAGCUGGUGUCGGUAGCACAACAACUGGGAAUUAUGACAAAUUGGAAAGAUUUCUUGGAGGAGGAAUUACAAGAAACGAGAAUGGCAUUUCAAAAAUACAUCAAUUUUACAUUUCCUAAACUUGCACCCGGACAAGCAGAUUUUAUUCUUCCAGAAAGAAAGAAAAUACCUUCCAAUCUUAUUAUUCCGAGGGAAACAACUCGUAAGUAAUCCUCUUCAACUGAGACUUCACUACCAAAGACGUUGUUCCAAAGACUAAAUAAAUUCACGCAAAAGUCA